UGAAAACAAAUCGUGCAUGGUAGCGGCUAAAAUAAACAAUUACAUUUGAAUAAAGAUUAAAGAUUGCUGCCGAUUUAAAUCAAUUUGAGUACUUUUUGCGUAUAUUUAAUGCCGAAUGGGAAGCUGUGUUUAGACUUAAGUUGAGAAAAAUGGCAACGAGAUACUUGCCUGUUGGAUAUAAGGUAAAAGAUCUUGAAGGUGCAUAAAAUAAGUGGCGCUGGGAAUGGUUACACGAGAAAGACAACGCUGUAGUCUACGGGCGGGGAGUGAACUGGUUGAGAAAAGUGGAAGCUUGUGGAAAAGUGGUUGGAGAAGUUUGUAAGAAAACCCUGAAUUAUCAGUCUUGUGGGAAGAAGGCAUUUCGUCUCCACGCAGAGCCAGAGGACCCUAAUCACAUAAAGAAUAUAAGAACCAUCAAGACCAACCAGAUUUGAUAGCCAAUGCCAAUCACAAAAGUCAGAAAGGUCCUCAAUAUCAUGUGGACAAUCACAGACAUGUAAAAUCCAAUUCAGCCCGCACAUUUCACAGUUUUUCUAAAAUGGUGCCAAGUAUUCAGCAUAAACCAGCAUCAACAGUGAAAAACCCCAAACAUACGGAGAUCAGAUUCAGCAAACAGUUUUCUUGGAAAAGAUCAAGUUCAGAUCCAGAUUUAGUCUCAUCUGCAAAGAAAAAUGCAGUUUGCACAAAAAAUCAGAAUUUGUGUAAGAAUUCAUUUACAAAAUGUUAUAAUGAAUCUUUAAAGAAUCAUAAAUCGGAUUCCUCUACUCUUAGUCUACCUUCAAAAGAUAUGGAUAAUUUUGCCGCUGAAGCUAAAUUUUGUUUGAGAGAUCAAAGAGUUUCAGCGAUGCAGUCUAAACAUAAAAUUGUGUCUUCCCAUACAAAUGAGACUGAUUUCGUUCGAGCUAAAAUGCAAAAGACUGAGCAAGAAAUAGCUGAACUCAAAAAGAUUAUUUCAGAAAGAAGUAAGAAAGCUUCAUGUGCACAAAAGAACUCUCUAGGUGCUGCAUCAGUGGAGUCAUCUGCUGCGACUCUCUCCAUUGAUUCAACUAGAAAUAAAACGUGUGUAGAAAGGAGGCUUGAGAAUUCUGGUGAACAAAGCCAAAAUAAUUUGAGUUGCUCUAAAACAAAUAAUGGAAAACAGUUUCCAAACAAAACAAUAGUUUCUGAUUCCGUUUGCAUAUCACCAUCAAAGUCUGUCAAUACAGCCUGUCAGAACCAUGUUCCUGAAAAGGUAUCUUGUAAAACUUCCAGCUUAAAUCAGCAGUCAAUGUCACAACCGGUAAAGCUAGACAUCCAAGACAAACCAACAAGACAAAAAGCUCUUGGUAAUACUCAAAAUACAUCAAGGAUGUUAAUGAAACAGGAAGAUUCUAUUAAAAUUGAGCCUUCAAAUGUUGACAUCAAGCAUUCCAUGUCGAAUUCAAAUUCGUGCAAUCUCCUUCCCAAAUCAGAUAAUUCAUGUCCCAGCGAUAAACUUAUAUUAAAUAAUGCAGAAAGCGGAAAAUCAAAGGCAAAUUCCCCUGAUACAGUUUUAGUUAAAAUGUCAAAGUAUAAACUUCAACGUGCAGGCACAAAAGCGCUUGCAAAUGAAGAGCAAAUAAAGAACAAUGCUGGAGCAAACAGGUUACAUACAUUUGAUCAAUCAGUGACUAAUGUUGGAUAUACAUGUAGUACUAGCAGCACACAAGAAAUGGUAUAUAAACGUAGUUCUGAUCAACCACAAUUUAUUAAGAAAUCUAAAUACGCUAUUGUAAGGAAAGAAAAUCCACAAGCGAAGACUUCUCUGGACGCAGCAACUGAUGGUCACAAUUUGGCAACACAAUUUGUAAAAUUAUCAAAGUACAGUCUGAAAAGAGUAGAAUCAUUAGAGCAAAAAAGCUCUACUCCAGGUUGGUUGAAGUGUCCACCAAGCUCUGCUCAGAGAGUUGCUAGAGGUCUUCAAACCAAAUACAGAAUCAUGAAAAUGCCCGCCUACACACCAGGCAGAUGGAAAUAUAACAGACAGCACUCCAAGUACAGGGAACAAUAUCCACACCCCACAUUUUGCCAGCCAUUUAUGAAACACAAAGCAAAGCGCAACUGGGACAUGGGUUACAGGCCUUACACAAGAUUUGGUUUUAAGUACAAUACUGGCAACUUCCACACAUUCCAUAGCUAUUGGCUACAAAAAAGUUGGCUAGUCCAGACUCAAUAUCCUAAAAAGGUGGUCCACAAGCAAAAAAGGCUAAACUUGCUAAAGAAGAAUAUCCCUUUUGACCCAAGCCUUCGCUUGGACAGAAGGCGUCCAUUGAGAUCAAGGUCAAAGGGUUCCAUGUUGAGUGGUACGCCACACAGGUCUACAGUUGCAAGGCUGCAUAAAGCAGGCAUCCAAUCAAAAUAUCAGGUGGAUAAUCGUUCAUCAAGUUCCAAAAGUAAAGCCCUGUCGCCAAGGACAAGGUUUGCAGCACUGCGUCUGAUAAACAAGACAGUAGCAAGAGUGGGCUCAAAGUACCGCAAAGUCAAUAAACAGCCUCGAAAGUACUGCAUGUACUUCAACAGGUUUGGCAAGUGUAACAGGAAUGAGAAAUGUCCGUAUAUUCAUGAUCCUGAGAAGGUAGCUGUAUGCACCAGGUUUUUACGAGGCACUUGCAAGAUUAAGGGAUGCCGCUUUUCACACAAGAUCUCAAAGGAGAAGAUGCCGGUGUGCUCAUACUUCCUUAAAGGCAUUUGCAGCAGGGACGAAUGUCCGUACAGCCACGUGAACGUGAGCAGAGAUGCAGAGAUAUGUGAGGAGUUUGUCAAUGGAUACUGCAAGGAAGGGGAAAAGUGCAAGAAAAAGCAUGUGUUGGAGUGUCCCUCCUUCCACAGUACAGGGCAGUGUACCAAGGGGCCGGCAUGUAAGCUGCAGCACAGACAGGCCUCGAAAAGACAGCAGCCACCGGACAGCUUGAUGAAGGUCAUCAAGGUUGAACCAGGAACGUCCCAUGAAGGCGAGACUUUCACCAGCAUUGUUAGUGCUCCAGGAAUCAGUGAAUCGAAUGUACUGCAACCUUUCAACCAUGAAACCAAAUUACCUGCCUAUAUCUCCCUCAAACUUAUGCGUCCAGAUCCACCUGGACCAGUGGUUGUCAUUGACGAUGAUGAUAGCUCUAACACAGGGCUCAGAAUAAGGCCUCUGUUGUGACCAGGAUUGGGUACAUUUGAAAUGGUCUGAUAGUAUUUGUUCACAAUGACCAUAUUAUCAUCUACAAGUAUUUGUUCACAAUGACCAUAUUAUCAUCUACAAGUAUUUGUUCACAAUGACCAUAUUAUCAUCUACAAGUAUUUGUUCACAAUGACCAUAUUAUCAUCUACACAAUGACAAUUACCUUUAGCCGUGCUCUGUGAAAAAGGGGCUUAAUGCAUGUGGGUAAAGUAUUGUCCUAGAUUAGCCUGGGAAGUCCGCAUAGGCUUAUCAGGGACAACACUUUCUGCCUAAACUACAUUUUUGCUCAGAAGAGACUUUCUUUAAACAAAAAAAUAUCAUAAAAGCGGAGAGUCAUCCAUGUGUGGAAUGCAGAGGCUAAUCUGGGACGACACUUUACGCACAUGCAUUAAACCCCCUUGUGAUUAUGAUGUGUUGUUAUUCACAAAGAACACAUUUUGUAUGUACAAACUGAUUUUGUUUGCAAUAGAACCCUAUGAAAGUGGUUGUACAUGUAUUUUGUGUGUGAACAUUUGAAGAAAUUUAUCCCAAUAAAUCUUGUAUAAAACUAAGAAUGAGGAAUGCUUGUCAUGAAUGGUACCAUGUUUCCUGGACAUACAUCUGCCAUGUACAUGCUGAGUUGCAUUCUGAGAAAAAUGGGCUUAAUGCAUGUGCGUAAAGUUUCGUCCCAUAUUAGCCUGUGCAGUCUGCACAGGCUAAUCAGGGACGACACUUUACGCUUUUAUGACAUGUUUUGUUUAAAUGAAGUCUCUUAGCAAAAAACCCAUUUAGGUGGAAAGUGUCGUCCCUGAUUAGCCUGUGCAGACUGCACAGGUUAAUCUGGGACGACACUUUACGCACAUACAUUUUGCCAAGUUUCUCAGAACGCGUCUUAUGCUGAUGCUCUCUGCAAGAUAAGGUGUGUUUUGUAUUUAUUAGUUAUUAUUCUAAGAAUAAUAUUCAUAUCUAUAAACAGCCUAUCCUAUGCUAUAUGGAAAUGCUUUGGAAAAACUAGUAUUUAUUGAUGGAUGAAAUAUUUUAAAAUGAUAAUCAAAUUUGUUUUGUCAUCUUGUUGUGUUGUAUUCUCCUAUUUUAUAUUAACAUUUGUUUUAGUUAUUGAGUUACAAUUUAUUUAUAAUUGACAAUAUAAAAAUGGUCUCCAUUAUGUAGGAACAGGCUGUGUUCAAAACAGAACCAACCAUCAAGAAAAGAUGCCUAGUUUUUA